AUGGAUGCAUUUGUCAUGGAAAUACACAAGCUCGGGAACAAGUUGUCAGGACUCGAGAUCCAUCAUGUGGUUCGGGACAACAAUGUUGGGACAGAUGUGCUUUCAAAGCUGGGGUCUGAUCGAGCAAAUGUCCCACCAGGAGUAUUCAUUCACGAGUUACAUCAUCCAUCCAUCAAGGCACUAGAUCAAAUCACCAUCAUUCCGAUCUCUUCUGAGCCCGACCAAGAGGUCAUGAUGAUCGAGGUUGACUUGUGGACACCAUUCAUUAACUUCAUCAAAGAUCAAAAGCUACCCUCUGGCAUUGACGCAAAAAGCAUUGAGGCUGCACGCAUCUUCAGGCGAAGCAAGAGUUAUGUCCUGGUCAAUGACAAGUUGUACAAGCGUGAUUCAGCAUCAGGCAUCCUUCUGAAGUGUGUUCCAGUCGAGGAAGGCAAAGAAAUACUACAAGAAAUUCAUGAAGGAGAAUUCUAUGAGAAUAGCGCCAUUGAGGUAAAGUACAUGUCGGUUGCUCACCCACAGGCCAAUGGCUAG